AUGCCUGCAGUCGCCGUCGAGACAGCGUGCCCGAUACCGAAUCCAACAGGCUUGGUCAUGGAGAGCUCCAGCACAGCAUCGAGCGCGGACAAGAAACGCAAUAAACUUGGAUACCACCGUACUUCGGUCGCAUGCGUGCAUUGCCGCAGAAGAAAGAUACGAUGCCUCGUCGCCGCAGACGAUGCGCAAGGCCGGUGCGAGAACUGCAUUCGACUGAGAAAAGAAUGCCAUUUCUUCCCCGUUGACCAGCAACCUCCGGUGGAGAAGCGAUCACGGCCCGGGUCGAAGCUGGACACGCCUUCGACCGAUCCGUCCACGGCUUCGUCAUCACCGCCCGCCCUGGGUGCCGGAGGAGGGGCGAUUGACCCGGGAGAGACGAUGUAUUCGUAUCAGCCGAUUCCUCUGAGUUCGGCAGCGGAUAUGUCUGCAUUCAAUCCUGCUGCCUUCGCGGGAGGGACGAUGUCGCCGUUCAGCCCAGAUCCCGCCGUCCACCCCGAGUUCGUGACGACGCAAUCGCUGGAUCCGUCGGUGUCGUGGGAUGGAUCGGGCAUGUUCGAUGGACAGCAGAUGAUGGCAGCAGGCGCAGGCACAGGCGCAGCGACGAAGCCUCGAAUGGGAAACCCGUCGCCCGUGAUGUGGAGGCAGCCAGGCACCCCCGUCGCCCCCGUUCCCUCGACAUCGCCCAUGCCUGGCGUUGCUGGCGUGCCUGGAGUUUCCGGGCAUCCGCAGAUGAUGAGUCCCAGCACGCCGUAUGCCCUUCAACCCGAUGGCUCGCUGUGGCCGCCGGUACAGCAGCCGCCCCAGCUGGUGUCGCAAUAUCCCGGCCAGUACGCGCAGCAAAUGCCCCCAGACAUGAAGCGGCGGAUGACCAGUCCCGGCCAGCAGAACAUGGGCCAGCUCGCGACUCUCUCGCCUAUCCAGAGUCCUGGCGCCACGAUGCCGAAUAUGCAGGGUGCUCAGAUGCCGGUUAACUUCGCCAGCCAGGCAACAGCCCCUGCCAUGGGGUUCCAGUCAUGGACCACGAUGAGCCCGACCUCAGCCGGACCCGGACCGGGUAUGGAACAGGGAGGCUAUCCGAUGUUUCCUACUCCUGAGCAGGUUCCCAGCAAUUUCCCUGGGCAACAACAACAGCAACCUAUGGGCCAUUCUGGAGGGCAGCAGCCGUCGUCAGGCCAGUAG